CUGGUAAAAAAUACGUUAAAAUUGUUCAAUUUGAAUUAAUCCGUCUAUACGAGAUUCAGCAACAACUUCGUUCUCUUUCAUACUUUGAUGUAUUUGGUCGUCUGCGAUUGACCAUCCAACUUGCUCGAAUAACGCUAACGAUACCACUAUUAAUUGAUAAUUCAAUGAAAGCCGAAUUUGAGCAUUUAGGUGGUAAAUCUGGUAUGAAUAAGGGACUAUUAGGUGAUAGUAUGGCUAAAGUCAUUACUGGUCUAGUGGCUAUUUUAGGUCGUGGUGAAAA